CGGAAACCUCCCGGGAGCUUCCUCUGCCGGACACUCCCAGGGGACUGCAGGUGCUGCUGCCCCUUCGGCCAGAGCUGGCCCGGGAGGCCCCUGACCCGCCACUGGGAUCCGGUAUUUCCUGAUUCUGGUGUCCGGCCUGGGCCCGGAACCGCGGAGCUGGGGGGCGGGUCCCCACACCCACGCAGCCGCAGGGAGCGUGAUCUGCGCGCCGAGCACUAUGGACCGCGGCCAGUGCAGUCCGGAGCCCGCGGCCGCAGCUCCUCGCGCCUCAGGCCCAUGCGUGAUGGCGCCAGUGCGCGCCGUGGUCCGCCUGCGCCGCCGCGUGUGCAUCCUGCGCAAGCGGCGCCUGCCGCCUCCUGGCGCGGGGCCCGACGCGGGGGCCGGCGCACCCAGGCCGGGCUGCAGCGCCCGGACGCCGCGCGCCGCCCUGGACCAGCCCAAGUUCUUCACCUUCGACGACCUGGCCGAAUUGCCCUCCAGGGGUGCGCGCCGGCGGCGCCGGCGCAGCCGCCCGGUGCUGUACCCUGAGACCUCGCGCAGGUACCUGCCGCGCGCGGAGCGCCGGAGCCGCGCACAGCGCUGCCUGCUGCUGCUCGUGGCCAUCGUGGGCUUCCAGGUGCUCAACGCCAUCGAGAACCUGGACGACAACGCGCAGCGCUACGACCUGGACGGGCUGGAGAAGGCGCUGCGGCGCUCCGUGUUCGGCCAGCCGGCCGCCGUGGGGCGCAUCGUGGCGCUGCUGCGGGACUACUUGGCCACGCACGUGCACAGCCGCCCGCUGCUGCUGUCCCUGCACGGGCCCAGCGGCGUGGGCAAGAGCCACGUGGGCCGCCUGCUGGCGCGCCACUUCCGCGCGGCGCUGGAGGACGGCGGCCUGGUGCUGCAGUACGACGCCCGGCACCACUGCCCCGCGCCGCGCGCCGCGCAGGACUGCCGCGCGGAGCUGGCGCGGCGCGUGGCCGAGGUGGUGGCGCGGGCUGAGGCCGAGGAGAAGACCCCGCUGCUGGUGCUGGACGAGGUGGAGGCGCUGCCGCCCGCGCUGCUGGACGAGCUGCACGGCCUGCUGCAGCCGCAGCGCGCCCACCACUUCCACAACGCCGUCUACGUGCUCCUCAGCGGCGCGGGCGGCGCCGAGGUCACGCGCUUCGUGCUGCAGAACGCGUCCCGCGCGCUGCCCGCGCGCCCCGACGGCGCCCGGCCGCAGGACGAGCUCGGGGCCCGCCUGCGGGCGCUCCUGGCCCGCGAGCACCCGCUCUGGCAGGCGGCGGCCGUGGUGCCCUUCCUGCUGCUGGACAAGCAGGACGUGGUCAGCUGCUUCCGAGAGGAGAUGGCGGGGGAGGGCUUCUUCCCCGAGCAGGCCCUCGCCGAGCGCCUGGCGGCGCAGCUCAGCUACUACCGCGUCGGGGGCCGCGAGUUCGCCGUCACCGGCUGCAAGCAGGUGGUGGCCACCGUGAACCUCCUGUAGCGCAGGCGCGCUCAGCUGGCCGACAGCGGCGCCCCCGACGGCGGGGCCAGGUGGGCCGGUCCCAGGUCGUGCCCACACUGGGAGCCGAGGAGGCCCCCCCACCCCCGGCGCUGAGGCAGUGCCUGGGUCCCCAGGAGGACAGCGACCUCCUCGACCUGCAGCACCUGUCCGGCACCGCCCCCCACUAGGGGCUGGGAGAUGGGCGUCUCUCCCCAGAGGCCGUGUGGCUCCAAGGGUCAGGCAGGGACGGGGACCAGCGCGUGUGCCCGGUCCCUCGCAUCUCCCCAGGGAGUAAUGGGGUGGGGUCUCGAGGCCCACGAGCAGGCCCAUUGGGAGCCCCAGCAGUGGGCAUGGCGCCCCACCCUGGCCAGCAGCGGGCUCUCGGCCGGGGUGAGGGGAGACUUUAGAGCCGCGGGUCCUCCCCGCCAGCACCGGCUCUGGAGAUGGUGGCGGCGCCCUCGCCAAGGUGGUGAACAGGCACGGGGGUCGCACUGAUUGCAGGUCGUAACGGAGGGAACCCUGCGUCCGUGUCCCCCAGGGGCUCGCAGGGGAAGGACGUGCCCCUCUCUCCACCUAAAACCGUUAGCUUGUUACCAGCCGUCUGCCCACCUUGGCCACUCCCCCUGGCCCCCCCACCCCCGUGGCCACUGCCCUCGCCGUGCGCUCUGUACCUCUCGGGGGCUCAGGUACCCAGGUCCUGCCUCCCGGAAGCACCCUGCAGGUGGGCUCCCCAUGCUGGGGCAGCUCUGCGGGAGGCUGUGGAGACGGCAGGGGACCGGUCCUCACCACCGAUAGCCCUGGGCACCGCGGGGUCUAGGGUCUGUGAGCUCCUGCGCCCCAUUUGGUGGUAAAAGGGGGGCUGGGGGCACCGGGCCGAAGCUCUGUGUCCCCGCCCCCGCGGGUUCUCUCCCAGGGCCUGGUCCGGCUUGUGGGACGUGGAGGGGAGGCUCAAGGCACCCCUGGGUGGAUGGAAGCGGCUAGCCUGCCCCUUCCCCUGUUGUCAAAAUCCAAACCCACAGGGAGUUUUAUUUUUCUAUUUAUUUUCUAAAGUGUUACCUUGAGGCCAAUUUGUGCGGGCCGGAAAUCACCGUGUGAAUAAAGAGUGUG